CCAAAUUCCUGUAACAUUUUACUAUUUCAUUCUCCCCCCACAACAGUCCCUUAACGCUCCCAGAACCCUAUUAUGAUGAAGAGGGAGGGCUGUAUAUAAUCCUGUGCCUUAAAUGAAGCCCAUGGCAACAGGCUGCUGGUAUGAUGAUGUUUUGAGGGAGCUAAGAAGAAAUCUUCAUUCCAAUUUCUCAUCUGGAAAUUAAGCAGCCAUGAAGUUGGAAUUAAUUAACCUGAAAGUGCCUGAGUUUCUACAUUUGGCAAGAUGGAACUUAAUAGCAAAGAAUGGGGCCUCCCCAGUGGCGCAGCGGUUGAGCGCUGGGUUGCGAAGCUGCCCGCAGCCUGUGCAGCGCUGGUUUGAUCCCCAGCUGCUCCCCGGCCACCAGAGGAGGGUCCCACAUGGCGCACAGACCUCUCCUGCCACCCACUGCUCCCCUCAGCAGUGUACUUCGGUCCUGCCUGCUCUGCUCCCCGCUCUGGCUCUGAAUUUUUUGGACGAAGAACUAGAUGAGGAGAGUGUGAUUCUCACACUGGAGCCUGUGAAGGAAAUUAUUGUAGAAAAUCAAGUGGAGCCAAGUGUUUCUUCAACCACAGAUGUCAAGCCUAGGAAAAACAAAGCUUGUGUAGUCCCUGCCAUGCCUGCCAUUUUGCCUCCGAUUCAUAAAGUGCAUCGGGACACUCUGCGGAACUGGUGCCAACAAUGUCAUUUGAGUACUAGUGGCCAGAAAAUAAAGGUUUAUGAGAGGCUCCAGAAACAUGUUUACUGUGAAAGUAAAGAGGAUAUUCCUGAAACACCACGGGAGGCCAGAUUGCGAUUAUCUCCAAGGAAAAGCAGAGAGAAGACCAAGAGAGGAAAUACUCAGAAGAGUCAUAGUAUGUGUGAAAAAGAACCAGAGACAAAUAUAGUUGAAGAACCAGAGACAAAUAUAGUUGAAGUGAUCACUCCAGCCCAGGAAGCCAUGUUGGCAUCAUGGACAAGAAUUGCUGCAAAAGCCUCUCUAUCUAAAACUGAGAAUUCAUGUCGUAUUACUACUUACGCUGAGACCUUUCUGCCUCAAGCUUCUGGUGUUAGGUGGUGUGUUGUCCAUGGAAGACCACUUUCUGCAGACACAAAUGGUUGGGUUCGCCUUCAAUUCCAUGCAGGUCAAACAUGGGUGCCUAACAGUUCCAGGAGGAUGAUCUCUCUAUUCCUGUUACCAGCUUGCACUUUCUCAUCCCCGGACCUAGAAGACAACAUGUUAUGCCCUGAAUGUGUUAAGAGGAAUAAGAAGAUGAUGAGAAGAUUAUUUGCAAGGAGAAGAAAUGCUAUGAAGUUACCUAACUGUACCAGAGGAAGGAAGAAAAUCUUCAGGAGGGAAGUUCCUGCAAUCAAGUGAUGUUUUGAACAGGAAGAAAAAUGAAGGAUAUUUUGAUAGAGGGACUAGUGCACACAAGGUGUGAAAGUGGGAGGAAAGGAAUCAUUUUAACAACCUGAGUCUAGAACCUAGACUAUUAGCAGUAGAAGAACUAAGAAGGUCACAAGAUUUGUCCUUCUUUUCUGGGACCUAAAUUCCUUCAGAUAAUCUAAUGAAAUGUAUAUACCCUCUUACCAGAGCAAUUAAA